GUGCAUGCGGCUGGGGAUCUCGAUUGUAUUGGCAGGGGUAUAAUGAACCCUGACGCCUAUCUUGACGGUUAUAUCCAACUUCAUUCUCGGCUUUGAUGCGACCUUGAAGACUUGGACGGACAGAGACCAAGGUUGCCCACGCCCACGCCCACGCCCACUCCCUUCCCCGCCGAGGAGUUUCGAAAACUCUGAGACACAAUGGAGGACGAGAAGAAGGAUCAUGUUAUCUUGACGCCCAGGAUGGAGUCCGCCGUCGCCGGAGCCGCAAGGAAAUACCCCAUGAAACAACACUGGAAAUGCCUCGCAGCAUGCACGCUCAUGUCGCUCUGCCCCUUCCAAUAUGGUCUCGACUUUGGCUUAAUCGGCGGCUUCCAGGCUAUGGUUGGGUUUCUUAGAAUCUUUGGCUACUACGAUGCCAACGUUCCCGGCGGGUGGAAUCUAUCGACGGAGCGGCAGCAGCUCAUCUCCUCGCUUUUGACCCUCGGCGCGUUCCUCAGCUCCUCUAUGGCUGGGCCUGUUGCCGGCGUCAUGUCCCGCAAGACAACGGUGUGGACCGCCAGCGUGCUGUGCAUCGUGUCGAACAUUAUAAUGAUGGCGACAACCAACAUUGGAGCCCUUUAUGCGGGUCGUUUGUUACUCGGCAUCGCCAACGGCAUGUUCAUGACCUUCUCGCAGUUGUACAUUCAGGAAUGUUCUCCUGCUCGUUACCGCGGUUUGAUGAUAUCAUCUUUCCAAGUCUGGACCACCGUCGGCACGCUUGUCGGUACAGUCGUCGACAACUUCACCGCUAAAAUUGACGGCCGCGAUGCCUACAUGAUCCCACUUGGCUUGAUCUACAUCGUCCCCAUUGUCCUGUCCCUGGGUUUACUGUUUGUGCCCGAGUCGCCUCGAUGGCUAGCCCAGCAUGGUCACCUGGACAAGGCGCGGAAAGCGUUGCGUUGGCAUCGUCCGGGAUCAGAUAUCGAGGUCGAUCAGGAGAUGCGGAAUAUCCAAGCAGCGUUGGAGAGCGAUAUGGCGAGAGAAAAGAGUGUUACGUUCUGGGAUAUGUUCCGCCAUCCGGUUGACCGGCGGCGGACGAUUCUUGCUACCGGUGCGCUGGCUCUACAGGGUUCGUCCGGGGCAAUGUACAUGAUCGCAUUUGGCACGUACUUCUUCCAGAUGGCUGGGAUCGGCAACCCCUUUGGGAAUUCGUGUAUCCUCAUCGCGGCGGGGGUUGUCGCCAUUCUCGUCAACAGUGCUCUCGUCACCCACUUUGGCCGUCGCCGCGUCUUCCUUGUGCCGGGUCUCAUUCUGUGUGGUAUUGCCCAGCUCCUCACCGCCGUCGUCUAUCAGGUGAACCCUGGUGCAAAGUCCACUGGACAGGCGGUCGUUGCCCUGGCAAUUAUCUACAUCCUCGGAUACAAUGCCAUGGUGGCGCCCUAUGCGUGGAUAUCGGGCGGCGAGCUCCCCUCACAGCGCCUCCGUAGCUUUACCUUCGGUUUCGCAACCGCUGUCGGGUUCCUUUUGGCGUGGUUGACAACCUUCACCGCGCCGUACUUUAUCAACCCAGAGUCUCUGAACUGGGGUCCAAAAUAUGGCUACAUCUGGGCACCUUCGUGUUGGAUCUCUGCCCUCUGGGUAUUUUUCUUCCUUCCAGAAGUCAAGGAUAGAACCUUGGAAGAGAUUGACGAAAUGUUCGACGCUCGACUUCACGCAAGACAGUUUCGCAAAUACGUCUGCCAUGGCCGGAAUGGGGAAAGUAAUGACGCAAGUUCUGAACUAGAGGACAAAAAUGACCCAGAGGCUAUGCACAAGGAGGUUGUGAGAACUUAACGGGAGAAAAUCUGGGUGGCUGUACGGGGGGUAGUAAC